GUGUGCUUCCCGAGGCCCAGCAGCUGGGCAUCAGUGCCAGUGGGUAUACACACGGGGUGACAGGUGGUGUGACAGGCGGUGUGUGCUCGCUAUCAUGACGACGGACAACCUCUCUUUAGUGGUCUAUGCCAAAAAUGAUCUGAGGCUUGAAGAUCGUCCAAUUCCUGAACCAGGUCCAGAUGAGGUGCUCCUGAGAAUGGCUAAAGUUGGAAUUUGUGGUUCAGAUGUUUCAUACUGGACUAAAGGAGCCAUUGGUCAUUUCGUUGUUAAAAAACCAAUGGUGCUUGGCCACGAGUCAGCUGGUGUGGUGGCCAAGUGUGGCAAGAAUGUUACCACUCUCAAGCUAGGUGAUCGUGUUGCUGUUGAGCCAGGUGUACCAUGUCGCAUUUGUGAGUUCUGUAAAAAGGGCAGAUACAAUUUAUGUCCUGAUGUAUACUUCUGUGCAACUCCACCUGACAAUGGAAACCUCUGCCGAUACUACACCCAUGCUGCAGAUUUUUGUCACAAACUUCCUGAUCAUGUGACAUUAGAGGAGGGGGCCCUUCUGGAACCAUUGAGUGUUGGUAUCCAUGCUUGUGAACGUGCAGGAGUCACUCUUGGUUCAUGUGUCUUAAUUUGUGGUGCAGGACCAAUUGGCCUUGUUAAUUUACUCGCAGCUAAAGCAAUGGGAGCCACAAACGUGUGCAUUACAGAUAUUGCAGAGAAUCGCUUGAAAGUUGCCAAAGAAAUGGGAGCAGACCACACAGUUCUUGUCAAAACUAGUGAUGCUGAAGCAUUGGCAAAACAAGUCAAAGAAGUAAUGGGAGAUAUGCCAGACAAAACAAUAGAGUGCAGCGGAGCUGAAACAAGUGUACGCCUAGGAAUUUUUGCUACAAAAUCUGGUGGCGUGUUGGUGUUGAUUGGCCAUGGUCCUGAUGAGGUUAAAAUUCCGGUGGUUAAUGCUGGUGCCCGUGAAGUUGACAUUCGAGGUGUAUUUCGAUACGCCAACAACUAUCCAACGUCUUUGGCUAUGGUUGCCUCGGGAAAGAUUAACGUCAAACCCCUAAUCACCCAUCGAUUCACUCUCGAGGAAGCAAAAAAGGCAUUUGAAACUGCUCGUACUGGUGAAGGCGGAGCGAUUAAGGUCAUGAUUUCCUGUGAGUGAUUAAUAUACAGUAUUCAUGGGGGCAAAAGUCAAAUAUUACUUACAGUAAAUAUUAUACAUUAUUCAGAGAGAAAACGUCCUCGAGUUUGUAAUGUGUGGACCCUUUAUCUUUAAUGGCCUUGUAAACCUUAGUUUGCAGGAAAGCAGCUUAUUUAAUACAGUACAAUAUAUUAAUGUUUUCCAUAUACAAAUUUUAUCAUUCACAAAUGAGUGGAAUAUUAAAAAUUAGAUUUGUGUAGUGUAGUAGUAGGCAUCCAUCAGUCUCAGGAGACUAUGGAGUUGCGCUCUGGUUGUCGGUCUGGAGAGGCCUCACCAGGGCGCAAAGCCAGGGUAGGUUGAUUUGGGGAAAAAGCUGUUACCCAGGCAGCAGGUUCCCCCUCUCCACGGCGCUGAAAGUCUCCAAUGGAAAAGUAUACACCAAUACGAAUUAAUAGUAAUUACUAUUACUACAGUAGUAACCUAAUGUGGGUACCACAUACUCAAAUAUUAGGAAAAGCUAGAAAAUGUGUAGACUACUCUGGUAUAGUUGCCAACUUUAUGCUUUUAACAUUAACUGCAAGAUUUUAUAUACUGUAAACUAGGUUUAAAGUAAUAUUUUAAAAUAAUUUAAUGUAUAAUUCAUACAUUAUGUACUGCUUUUCAGGAUUAAGUAUGAAUCUUUUAGAAAAAAAAUUAUUUGCACAAAUUCUCUAGGUGUGUGUUGACGAAUUCAAUGUUUACAGCAUUUAUCAUUAAAUUCAAUUAAUUAUAAAAUUAUGUGACGUUGUGAUUUGGAAGAUGUUUACACUGAUAAAUGCAAAAUAAAUAUUUAAUAAAAUA